UUUGACAGAGUAGAUAAAGAAGAACAAAUAUUCAAGCUGCAUAGAAACUACUUUCAAAGGCAGGAAAGAAGAAAAAGAAUCCAAGAAAGAACAUGUGUGACAGUGAUUGUAGACCUUUGGGCUUUCUUUUAGGCCUUCCUUUUGCUUUUCUCGCUCUCCUUAUCUCCAUUGUUGGGGUCGUUGUUUGGAUCGUCGGGUUGUUGUUGACUUGUAUAUGCCCUUGUUGUUUGUGCGUGACCAUAAUAGUGGAGCUGGCUCUGGAGUUGAUCAAGGCCCCUAUCCAUGUCAUGGAGUGGUUCACUUCUCAGAUACCUUGUUAAUUGGGGUUCUUAACACAGAUAGUGAUUGGGAUUUAGAUUUGGGAUUGCUUUGUUUUUAUAUUUUGUAUGUUCUUUGUUGAUUAUUGUAGGGAAAUUUGUGUUAUGAUUCAUGAGUAUACAUAUAUAGACGUGGGAUAUUCCUCUGGUUUCUGGCUUUUAUGAAUCUUUGUGAAUCUGAGUUUUA